ACUGUCUCUCUCUCUGCCGGGCUGCAGACAGACAGACAGGUCGGAUAGUAACAACAGCAUUCAGAGUGCAGCAUGGCUUACAUGGCGAGGAUCGGCCCGUCCAUCCUGAGCAGCAACCUGUCCUGCCUGGGCAGCGAGUGUGUCCGGAUGAUGGAGAGCGGGGCGGACUACCUGCACCUCGACGUCAUGGACGGACAUUUUGUCCCCAACAUCACUUUCGGACAUCCCAUGGUGGAGUGCCUGAGGAAGUGUGUCGGCCAGGAUCCGUUCUUUGACAUGCACAUGAUGGUGUCUCGGCCCGAGCAGUGGGUGAAGCCCAUGGCUGCAGCAGGAGCCAACCAGUACACCUUCCACCUGGAGGCCACCACCAACCCCGGAAACCUCAUCAAGGAGAUCAGAGACAGUGGCAUGAAGGUGGGUGUGGCCAUAAAGCCUGGAACGACAGUUGAAGAGCUCGCCCCGUGGGCUAACCAGAUCGACAUGGCUCUGGUCAUGACUGUUGAACCCGGCUUUGGAGGGCAGAAGUUCAUGGAAGACAUGAUGCCCAAGGUGAGCUGGUUGAGGAGUCAGUUCCCCUCGUUAGACAUCGAGGUAGACGGAGGAGUCGGACCUGACACCAUCCACAGGUGUGCAGAGGCGGGAGCUAACAUGAUCGUAUCGGGCAGCGCCGUGGUCAGCAGCGACGACCCUCGCUCUGUCAUCGCCCUCCUGCGCACCGUGGUGGCCGACGCAAUCCAGAAACGUUCACUGGACCGCUGAAAUGUGUUCCCCCCCGUGUCCGUCCCAGAAAACACAACACACACAGCAGCCAGCGCGAAAAAGACUCAGACAUUCAUAUCUGGAGCGGAGGUCAAGGGUCACGGUCAGAGCGGUUUGUGUGGCGGCGUAAAGCUGGUCAAAGCGAGAUCACUUUGAUGUGAGUGAAGCUGCACCGUGCCUCUGCAAAACUUUUUGAACUUGGUCCUGCUCUGUCACAAUCUCCUCUCAUCGCUAUCCGGGUUGGGGGAGGGAGGGAGGGGAGGGA